GAGAGAGAGAGAGAGAGAGAGAGAGAGAGAGACGCAAGAAGGGGGAGAGAAGGAGAGAGAAUUCAGGGGAAGACAAGGACAUCAUGGUUUCAAUCACGGAGACUCAGAAGAUCGGUGUUGGUCUCACAGGCUUUGGCCUCUUCUUCCUGCUCUUUGGCGUGCUGCUGUACUUUGACUCUGUCUUGCUGGCGUUUGGGAAUGUUCUGUUUCUGACUGGUCUGACGUUCAUCAUUGGCCUGAGGAGGACGGCCGGCUUCUUCUUCCAGAGACAGAAGCUCAGAGGCUCCACCUUAUUCCUGGGGGGCGUGGCCUUGGUGCUGUUCCGCUGGCCAAUCAUCGGCAUGGCCGUGGAGAGCUACGGCUUCGUGCUCCUGUUCAGGUCAUUCUUCCCUGUGGCGUGUGGAUUCAUUUUAUCGUUGGUGAAUAUACCCUAUCUCAAUGUGCCGAGAUCCAUCAGUAAAUAUGGGAAGCGUUGUUUGGGCUCUCAAAGCAAUGGAAAAACAACAACAAUACAUGAGCCCGUCUCCAAGACUACUUGACGUUUGGUUGUACAACAACUUCAUAGGAAGUAGCCCUUCUAUUGUCUGAGGAAAGGGAGAGAGAGAAGCCGAAAAAGAAGAGAGGAGGAAUGGAAGUGAUGGAUGACAAAAGGAGAAGUGUAUUUGGGCUCAGACUGGCUAUGACCUUUGACAGAGACUGAUGGAGCGGGGAGGUAGCUUAGAGCCUUCCCCCAUCAACAACCAUGAACCAACCGAUGGACUCUUCUUCUUGAAAUGUUUACAUAAAACAUGAACCACCACAUGAUGUGUGGCAAUGACUAGCUGCCCUACCACUAAUGUACAUGGUUGGGAGUAACCGAUUACAUGUAAUCAAUGACAUGUAAUCAUUUACAAGAAACUGUAACUGCAAUCAGUUACGUUACAAGCAGAAAUAUUGUAAUCAGAUUACAGAUACUUUUCAAAAACUAGGUGAUUAGUUCUUGGAUUACUUUUACAUUUAGAAAGGAUGUUUGCAGAAAAAAAUACAUUAUGACACCUUUCUGUUUUCUCAAUUCAGCAUUGACAAAACGGCACGUUUAAGUUUGUUCAGCCUGAGAGAGUCUGACCACAAGUCAGAGACCACUAUGAUGCGUUUGAUGGAUCCUUUUUGUCUCUUUAGAGGAAGGCAUUCAAAAAGCAACUGAAAGUUAUCAGAUUAUUACUUAGUUUGGGUAAUCAUUUAGAAAGUAACCUACCCAACCCUGCUUAUGUAUUUAUAAUUAAACCAUAUUUUUGAUCUACAGUU